AUGUAUAACUAUAUAAACAGGUUAAGAAACCACAGAAAUGGCUCUGCUCAAGGAUCUUCCAACAAUUUUCAAAAGCCUUUAUUUGGAGGCAUGAAGUCUGUUGUCCCAUGCAAGGUUGCCCUUCUGGUUGCUAUUUUCUUGCUCUUCUCCAUGUCUGCUGUGAUUGAAGCCCGAAGUACAAUGACAGACAGUCAUGGAGUUGAUGCUUCUCGGUUGAGUCGGGACAAUCUUUGUGCAAUGAAAGAAGAUGGUUGCUUCGAAGAAGAGGAUUCAACAGUGAUAGACUAUACGCCAGUUCGGAAGAAAAAACCUAUUCAUAAUUAA